GAUAUGAACCUUCUUGCUGUUCAUUCACAUCGCGCUCUUCGAGGUACAGUCACGCAUCGCUUCCCCUUCGGUCAGCCUUCCUCGCAGAGGCAUUGGCAGCUCCCUCACCAAACCCGCGAUUCUACGCGCAGUCAUGUCGCUCGAUGUUGACAUGGCCGAUGGCAAAGCAGAGACUGCCAGUUCACCGUCAGCAGCAAGAGGGCAACAGCAGCAACGAGGUCCUGUCGCGUCAUCCUCUUCCAACACAUUGGCAGUGCACCGCACGCGAUUCCUAGACUGGUCUCCUUCAUCCAUCACUGCGCUCGCCUUUAGCCCUUCAUUGCCGCAUCAUUCACUGCACGUCAGACCAGUCCUUGCCAUCGGGCGCGACAAUGGCAACAUCGACAUUUGUACUUGGGUGUCUGAGAACUCUGGCGGCGAUGGGGAUGCUGCUGCACGUGACAGCUCUGGCAAUGCCAAGAGCUGGAUUGUCGAUUCUACUCUCGUAGGACCUGCUGCAUCUAAGAUCGACCAUUUGGCCUUCAUCUUCACCUCGGCGCCCGAGGAUGUCGCGGGCUACAGCAGCAGCACUACAUUGAGCAUUCCUCGCCUCUUCUCCUCUUCCGGUGGCUCGAUCCUCACGGAGCAUUUUCUACCGGCCCACUUGCUGUCUCAUUCUGCGCUUUCUGCUCCUUCUAUCACCGGAGAACAAUCAGCUCAGCAUUUCCUGCAGCUUGGCUUGGACAAGGGUCGAAGUCAAAGGAGCCUUUCGAGAACUCUGAGCAGCGGCGGGGGUGCUAUCUGGAGCAUGGCCGCCGAUCCUCUCAGCAAGUACCUCGCGCUAGGCUGCGAAGACGGAGUGGUAAGAAUUGUAGACGUUGCACGGGGACGCUUUGAGCAUCUCACGCCUGAGCAUGCGGGAAAGAGGAGAGCGGACGGAUCUCGCACAGGCGUAGCGCCCCGCUGCGAUCGUGCAAAGACGCGAAUUGUCAGUUUGGCCUGGGGUUCGCCUCGCAGAAGAUCCGCUGUGCACGGCGUAAAAAGACGGCAGAUGCCCUCCACCGACAAGGAAGAUAGCAGCGCUGACGAGACUGACAGUUCGGACGAGGAUGAAGACGAAGAUGACGGUUGGCAGGACAGCUUCUUGGUCGGAGGCACAUCGAGCUCCUCUGCACUCAUAUGGGACGCUCAGACCGGGAGACAAGUCUCAAAGUUGAACGUGGAUAGGAGCAGAUCGGAGCAGACAAUCGUGUGGUCUUGUUUAGCCCUGCCAAAUGGCCAGAUUGUGCUUGGCGAUAGCCGCGGCAGCGUCACAUUUUACGAUGCCCGGACUCGGACAGCGCUCUCGGGAGCUUCGUUCGGCGUGCACGGCAAAGGCGCAGAUGUGCUUUGUCUGACUGCUGGACCUGACGGCAGAACCGUGUAUGCCGGCUCAGUGGACCAGAGAGUGUCUGAGUACGCACUCAUCGGAGAAGGAAUCAAGGCAAAGUGGGUCAACACCGGCUUACGCAAGCUGCACACGCACGACAUCAAAGCGCUAGCCAUUUGCCCACCUCUUGACGCCAAAGCAGUUCAAGAGAGCAAGUCUCCAGCAUCCACACUGCGCCAGCUUACAGUACCGAUUCUUGCUAGCGGCGGAACCGACUUUGGCGUUACGCUCACACCAGCGGCCUCGCCGUCGAAUUUCAACAUUGGAACCAAAGGCAAGAGCAGCCGAAAGAACCGCGGAUCGGCAUUCAGAGGCGAUACUGCUCGCGACUUGAUCAACCCCGUCUCAACGACUGACAAUGUCUCAUUUGCCGAGACUGUACAGAGAAGGCUGCCAUUCGUUCCUGCCUCGUGCAGAGGCAGCACCCUGGGCGGAGGUGCAGUCGUCAGCAGUGCGCCUCUGAAGCGUUGGUUGUCUCUGCGCAGAGAUCAGAGCACUGCUAUCUGGGCUCUACCCGAUCGGGCCGACUUUGGAGCUAACUCGGCAUCUGCACCCGAACAGCAGCUAGACAGUUUGCAACAGCCCGAAGCAGGAUGGAGGAAAUUGUUGGAGAUGGAACCGCGCGCGCAGAGCAAUCUUGUCGCGCACGCCAUCUCUCCGGACGGCAAGUGGUUAGCAGUGUCUGACUUGUACGAAACGAAGCUGUUUGAGCUCAAACCCCACGGUACCGAGGCGGCAGUCGACCUGAUCUUGGAACCUCGUCGGGAAAAGUCGUUUGGAGCUGCACUUGGGGGCAAAGCUCCGGGAAGCAGCGCUCUCGCCUUCACACCUGACUCUACGCGCUUGGUAUGCGCUACGCACCCGGGCAGCUUCUUGCACGUCGUCAGCAUUUCUUCUGCGGGCAAAUGCGCCCUAGUGGAGACAUUUGGCCACCAUCGGAGAAGAGUCGUCACCGAGAGGAGCGUUGCGGGACGCGCCACCACGACAGCAACACCUUCAUCAUCAACAGACAAGUCGGCUCUGACGAAUGGCAAGCUUUCAAAUGGCACGGCUCACAAGCAAGGAGAGUCGGACGCGCCGGAAAACGAGGCUGAGCGGGGCCUAGAGGAACACGAGAUUUCUGCGGGUGCCGCGUCGAGCGCACGCGACUCUCACGCGCGUAUCGAUAUGCUGGUCAUCUCAGCAGAUGGGCUUUACUUGCUCAGUGGGGACAGCUCACGAAGAUUGCACGUCUUCAAUCUCGACACACACGUUCUCCAUCGGACAUUACCCUCUCCUGCUCACGUGCCUUCUUCCGCAUCCUUCGAUCCGCUUCAGUCGUCCCGGCUGGCCAUCUUGAUGCCCACAAAUCGACUUUUGCUGUACGAUCUCGAGCAAUCGGACGCGGCCAGCUCAGCAGACUCGAGUAUGAAAGCGCUCGAAAGGAAUCUGCGUGCCAAAUUGGCAAAUCAGAGAGAUAGCGCGAUCGGCGUUUUCUGGAUUGGCCAAAGGUCUGCUUCGAGCUCCCGCGAAGCGUCUGCCGCCUUGCUCGUGUGGGGCGCAUCUUUCAUCUGUACGGCGAGAAAGCUGACCGAAGGCGCAUCUGCACCAGGGACGACCGCUCGCAAGUGGAGUCGGAAGAGAGGAGCUUCUGAAGCUGGUGGGAGUAGUAAUGGCGCACUCAGUGGGUCAGACGGAACCAACAAACCUGAUGCUGGACCAGCAUGGCACGUCAACUUGACAAAGAGGUAUAGCUCUCUACUCUACGUCGACUUGCUAGGUUCUAGCCCGCAUCAACUCGGAUCGAUCACACCAACAACCGCAGCAAGGGCUGAUCCUGAGCUCGUCGUGGUCGAAAGGCCCUUUUUCGCCUUGACAAGGCAUCUGCCACCUGCCUUUUCGCGUGGUCCCCGCUAUGGCAGCUAGGCAAAACGAUCAGCAGGAUUAGAGACAAGAUGAUGACUAUGUAAUGCAAGAUGCUGAGUCGCACGCCAACAGGUCCUGCUCUAUGGGCCACGGUAUGGUUUGAGGUGCGCAUGUAUUGGUGACGAUG